AUGUCAUGGGUUCGUGUCAAGUGCAGUGAUGGACAUAGCUACGCAGCUCCCUCUCACGGGCGGUCUAUUCCAAAGCUCGAUGGAAUGGCGAGGCUCUUUCAGGCCCCAUUUUCUCUUCGGCAGCUACAUACCUUCACCACACUGAGCAACAAUGCCCCUACCGUCUCUAGCUGGGGCAACAACGACUUAUGUGGCAUUCUUGGCACGGAUGAGAGCGUGAACUCGUGCAUCAUGGUUGAUCAACGCGACUUGGGCGACCAUCUUGGUCUCACGACGGUCGCCGUCGGUGACGAGGGAGACACAGAGCUGGUGGAGUCACCGUCACUGCGACUCCUGCUCGAUCGUGUAUUUGCCGUGCUUAUCAGCACAAACGGAGGUGGCGUGCAGGUGCUAUUGGACGCACUCUGUACCCGCGCACCGCCGCCGCUGACGGCAGUGGCGAGGGUUGAAGCCGCUAUCGUGCAUGAGGAUGAUGGUGGGCGACGUGUGCCACCUGAGCUGUGGCUCGCGCGCACGCGAGGGGCGGGCAGCACUCUGCAGGACACCUCCUGCAGUGUCAGCGCCUCAUCGAAUCAGCAGUUCUUGGUCAGGCUUAGUCAGGACUGCUCCGCCGUCGGGGAUGCAGCCCGGGAUGCAGAAAGGCUGUCCCUGCAGCCGCCCCCUUCGAAUAUGGCGGCCAUAACACUGUCGAACCAUGCAGCACGCGCACCACCACAGGUGGUAUCCACUCUUACCAAUGCGCUGCCUGCGCAUCCAUCAAGCGCAUUCUCCGAAUUACCAAAGUCCCCCUCACUAGUGACCCGCUCUCCCCUGAGCUACGCCGCUGCGUUGCGCCGUCGCUCAUUACUGUUCUUUCUACCGCAAGGUGUUGUGCCACUGAGCGUGCUAGGGAUUCACCUUGAGUUCUCCGCGCGAGUAGUGAAGUGUCAGCGGAGGGCAGCCAAACCCGUACCCUUCACUGGUGGGGCCAACCCUCAAACAGCGCUAGGCACUUGUACAGGAGGUGCUUCUAUCGCUACCGAUGGUGCUGCACGAUCGCUUUACGCCGUUCUUCUUGAAGGUCUAAGGCGCGUGCGCAUCGGCCCUGUACGGACGGGAGGGGCUCCCAAGAGCGACUGCGCCUCUUGCAUGUCCACGCGAUGCUGCUGCUGUGCGGUGCUGCUGCACUGUGUUUCGCACUUGCGACGACAGAGUGGUAGGCUUCUCGCAAAGAGCUCCAGCUGGGCCGCUGUGGCACGCACAGCUGAGGAGAGUGGCAGGGUGUUGGUGUGGGCAAUUGCGCGCUUGCUCGCAGGGAGCGAGAGGCUGAUGAGCGCGCGCCAGGCCACAGAUCUGACGCGCCUCAUCUUGUAUGACCUUUGGGCUGAUAAAGACUCGCAUGGCGCCGAGGGGACGGCCACUGAGGCGGACGGUGCCGCACCAUCAAUGUUGCAAACAGGCAUGACGCCUCUUGUGGCUGUUUACUCGCCAUCUGGCCUGCUCUUUGCCUCUGCAAGGUUCUCGAUGUUGCUCAGCCACGAGGAGCAGGUUUUGCUCUCGGCUGCUGCGAUCGACCGUUUGGCUCGCUACGCGGCGCCUCGCUCUUCUGUCAGGUCUCAUGCAAGUACGCCAGCCGCCGAUGCGCUCAGCUGGACAUCCUGGCCAAUGCGCGUGGGUGAGGCCGCCGGCAUGUCAGCCGGUGCGGUGGUGAUGGACGUGCUUCUCAUCACUGUUGGCGACGCCUUGGCUUUUUGUCUAGCCUUUCCGCGUGCACCAUUCUCGUCAUCUGUGCCACCAACGGCAUCCAUUCUAUCAGUGCUGUCGCUUCUCGAGUCCACCGUGGCAAAAGCCCGUUCUCAAGCCAAAGCGCCUUCGGCAAUGACGACUGCAUCGCUCGCGCCCGCGCUUGUGUUUGCCUGUACGCACAGCACUGCUCCUUACACACCAACUUUCCACGAUUCUCUUUUUGCCGUGACAGCACUUGAGGAUGCACUGGACACGUCGAAGACGACGUCGUCAGGCGAGUCAGCCGACUCGGCAGCUGGUGGGCUGGUGGGCGUCGCGCAACACCUGCACCAGUUGGUUUUGCGAGAGGCCUCCCAGUCGAGGCUGUCGAGUGGACCGGGCGCCGGUGCCACGGUGGAUAAUGCACCGAGUUUCGUUACCGGCGCGGCAUCGACACCACAUCAAGCGAACAUGAGCACUACGGUAGAGGAGAGCACCUCCAGGAAUAGGACUGACAAAGCUGUACGGGGUCCGAGUGGCGUGUCAAGUGCACUUCACAAGAUCUUCUCGUGCCUUCCGCUGCCUCCCAAUGAUCCAAACAGAGGUGUCGCCUCCUCGAGGCAACGGUACAUCACCGCCGCGCAGCAGCAAUCCGCGGCUUACUUAAAUCAGUCGAGGAAAGGAGGGCAUCUGUCGUCGCUGGUACCGGUGGCAAAUACGAGUAUGCUACAGAGCAGCAAUCCAUACACCGCUUUUCUGCUGGCCAUGCCGCUUGAGGAGAUGCUAUGCUACGUCUCUGCCCUCGUCACCCGUAAUGAGCUAGGCACGCUGCGGUCAAGCUAUGAGCUGGGGCUGCACUCGUUCUUCUUUCUACAGCGGCCGGCAGUGGCAGCAGCAGCAAAGCACCGAUGCGCUGGAUCUGCUAAGGUGUCAGGGUCACGACCACACAAGAGGAAGAACGCUGUCGCGCAGCAGCUGGCACUACCAGCGCGGUUCGGCAUAUCGUUUUCACGAUUUCGCUUGCAGCAGUCGCCUUGUACUCACGCUGUCAUACCGGAGGAAUGGGCAGACGCGCAUGGCGCUCCAGAUCGAUCUGGCGGUCGACUAACCUUCUUUGAGGACCCAUCGCUGCUGCUGCAGCUCAACGCGCAUGGUGUGUCACUCGCAGGGUGCACUCUAGACGAGGACAAUGGGAACUAUGAAGGCUGUGAGGCCUCCCCCGAAGACGCCGACCAGCGGCCGAACGAGACCUCUUCAAGGGACGCCUCGCUAGAGACGCAGGUAUCCGUGGUUCCCGUGUGGACACUUCUACAGGCUGCACCUGAUGAGUCGUUGGGGGACGGAGAGCUCAGUGGUUCGGACACAGAGACGAGCGACUCAGACUCAGCUGCCGCCGCCGAUGGUUUCCAUGGAGUUCAUAGGUCCGUUCCACCCAGCGUCGACGAAGACGCGCAGCUGGUUACCUCGCUUCAUUACGCGUAUCCGCAACGUCUCCACCGCCGCAGGGCGGCGCCUUUAUUGGUAACGGCAAAGCUUUCCACAAUUUCACCUGUCAUUCAGGAUGCAUCGUCCUCCACUUCACCGCAUCUACAACCAUCCGCCUACCCACCACAGGCUCACGCCACUAACGCUCGAAGCGCGAAGUCGAAGCAAGAGCGUGCUACCGAGGUAUUGUGCCAUGUGGAGGCGAUUGUGAGCAUCUGCGGCGACAUUACGGGAAUACGUCAGAGCAUAGUGAUGAAGGCGCUGCAGCGCCAUGCGCUCUCUAGCUCAGCUGAGGCACAGCUUACGAGUGGGAAUCCCCAACACGGCAGCGGCGAGGGCUCCGCGUCAUCCGCUGCUGUGACACCUGACAGCCUUCCAGCAGAGUGGGAGUACGCUACUGAUGCUCCGCACAAGAUGGCGGAUUUGUGUCGCGAGGUUGUGUGGUGUCAGGAGGCGGCCUUGGCGCUGCUGGAGGGGGCUUCGUGCCUCACAUAG